GGGAAACCGGAUGUUCACUGACGCCAUUGUUUCAAAAUCGUGUAGUCAUCUACAAAGACAAAAACAGUGGAAAAUCUAAACUAGAUUAGGACUAGACUAGUUAAGAAUAUAUUCUAGAUCUAAUAAUGUCUCCCACAGAUCACCACAAGAUUAGCAAGGUUGUUGUUCACCCUCUUGUAUUGUUAAGUGUUGUGGAUCAUUUUAAUCGUAUGGGUAAAGUCGGGAAUGUAAAAAGAGUUGUAGGAGUACUUCUUGGAUCUAACCGGCAAGGAAUUUUGGAUGUCUCCAAUAGUUUCGCAGUGCCCUUUGAUGAAGAUGAUAAAGAUAGAUCUGUGUGGUUCCUUGAUCAUGAUUAUCUAGAAAACAUGUAUGGAAUGUUUAAAAAAGUCAAUGCUCGUGAAAGAAUAGUAGGCUGGUAUCACACUGGACCUAAGCUUCAUCCUAAUGACAUUGCUAUUAAUGAAUUAGUCCGGCACUAUAAUCCCAACUCUGUAUUGGUGGUUAUUGAUGCCAAACCAAAAGAGCUUGGUCUCCCAACUGAGGCAUACAUUUCUGUUGAGGAAAUUCAUGAUGAUGGAACUCCAACCAGUAAAACAUUUGAUCAUGUUCCCAGUGAGAUCGGUGCUGAAGAAGCAGAGGAGGUUGGAGUAGAACAUUUAUUGAGGGAUAUCAAAGACACCACAGUAGGGACAUUAUCUCAACAAAUCACAGCACAGCUUAUGGGGCUUAAAGGUCUUCACUCUCAUAUGAAUGAUAUAGGAAAUUAUUUGAAGAGUGUAGCUGAUGGUCAUCUUCCCAUCAACCAUCAAAUUAUUUAUCAGCUACAGGAUGUAUUUAACCUUCUUCCUGAUGUUGGAGUACCUGAACUGGUCCACUCCUUAACAGUUAGCACCAAUGACCAGAUGAGUGUAGUGUAUUUGGCAUCUCUUGUACGAUCUAUCAUGGCACUACAUAAUCUUAUUAAUAAUAAAGUUCAGAAUAGAGAUGCUGAGAAAAAUGAAGGCAAAGAGCCAAUCAAGGAAAAGAAGGCAGAGGAGAAGCCAGGAGACAGUGGAGACAAGAAAGAUGGGAAAGACAAGAAGAACAUCAAAGAUGUCAAGAAGUCAACCAAUAAAUAAUUGGUUUGGAGCAAAGUGUGUGUUGGUAUAAAAGUGGUGUGUGUGGUGAAUGUUUGCAGAUCAUAUCAAGAAAAAAUGCUUUGUCUUGGAAAUUACUGGCUGUUUUGAAUGGUAUUUUGAAAGCUUUAUUGGACUGAUACUUUGGAUGCUUGAAAAAAAAAUAGUUGGUAGAAACUGCAGUUUUAAACCUGCUUUGCAUAGCGAACGUUAUAUUAUAAUAAGGCAUAAAAUUUCAUUUCAUUUAGAUUUUCAAUUUCUGAUCAUAUGUGAUAAUGUUCCCAAAUAUAGAUGUUUCAGACUAAAUAUGCCUUUUUAAGACAAUUCUUGAAAUAUUUUGAAUCGAACCAUGAUUAAAUUUUAAUUAUUACUUUCCUAUCAGCUUUCUAUGGAUCAUCAUGACAUGGUUUAAACUCAGAAGUAGUUUAGAAUUGUCUGCAUUACUUCCUUCAGUAUAAAGAAUACUAGAAAAAAAAUGUGUAUGGUUAGAUUCCUGUUCAUUCAUACUUGUACAUACUGUGUUUACAGCUUUGACAGCUGUAAGUGUCCUGUUGUUGUUUUUUUUUAUUUUAGCCAUUUGUUUUUAGUAGCAAUACCACAUUAAUUUGCUGGUAAAACAAUCAUUGCAGACAGAUAUAAAGCUCGGCAAACUAAUUCAUGCACCACUAGUGCACUUGUAAAUAGUGAUAAAUACAUUCUUUUUCUUAAGAUAGAUAAGGUUACUGAAAGAAUAUUACUUUGAAAUGUUUUGUUAAGUGUUUUAUGAAAAUAAACUAUUACUUUUCACAGUU